AUAUUACAGAAUAUAGCGGAGCACCGAAAUCUGUCACACCGAAGGAAAAAAUCACACCCAUGGCAGACCAACAAGGCCUCAACGACCUCCUUAAAUGGUCCAUCGAGAACAGCGACUCCAGCCGCAAUGCACAGCCAGCAGACCAACGACGUGAUCCAAGUAGCGGACUGAAUCCGAAACUGCUUGCAGAACUGCUCGGAGGACCGUCAGAUGCAGAUCGCAUGAAGGACGCAAUGCAUGCGAUUGUAGCGCCCAUGGACCAAGUCGACCUGGACAACAAGCUCGUCGCGUGGGACAAUCUUGAACAGCUCAUUGAGCAAAUCGACAACGCAAACAAUAUGGGGCCGUUGGGACUAUGGGCGCCUCUCCUGAAACAGCUUGAGAAUGCCGAGCCAGAGAUGCGAAAGAAUGCCGCAGCAUGUGUGAAUACGGCAGUACAAAACAACAUCAAGGCACAAGAGAAGGCGUUGAGUCUUGGCGUGAUACCGGCGCUCGCCAAGUUGGCGGUCGAAGACGUCGAUCAGGGCGUAAGGAAGAAGGCAAUUGGAGCGCUGAGCAGUUCAGUGAGGAAUUUCCAGCCCGGGAUGGAUGAGCUGGAGAAGGCACUUCCUGACUCAAUAUGGAAGGGCUCGAAGGCUGGACAAGACGCUGCGGAUAUGGAGUCCUGCGACGAAGUGAUACAGAAGUUGAGAGAUCACUCUGCCAGUAGGUCAUAAUCUCGAGCACUUUGGAGUUCUGCGGCGUUGAGGGAAGGGAUGACAGGCAACAGAAAGCCAUGUCGAUGAGAUUAUUGAUGUCUGCCCAGAUGGCAGGAGGAACGAGCAAUGCACGAAAUCUUCUCUGGUGUACUUACAAUCAGCUCAUACUGCCGCGCUUUAGCGUUCCAGGGUUGCUCCACGCAGCUCAUGUCCUUUUGACUCUGCUCAAUUUCCGGGAUAAUGCUUUCCAAAUCAUGCUCGCGCAGGUUCAAGCUCCUCAGCAAGGCAGCAUGAUCGACACGAUGGUUCAAGCGAACGCGCUGCUAUCACAAUCCAAGGUCAACGCACACGCAUCUGAAUAUGGUACUACGAUGAAUCAGCUCGUCGCCGGUUUGGGUGAGCUUGCAUUGGCCUGGACAUGAGACAAGGUGCCGUCUGCUUCGAUGCUUGCAUUGGUAGACAGGUCUCGAGGGUGGAGGAGACAUUUAAGAAUCUCUGCGCUGAGAUUCAUGCUGUUGCAGUAGGAUCCAAUUUCUCGGAGCCAUCAAUCCAAGCCUGUGCAAUGAUGAUGUCGGAUCAUGGUCAGUGAAAGACCCCGGCGUCGAUAGAGAGCUUUGGGCCCAGGCAGGCAGGCUGAUCAAAACCUCCUGUCGCAAUCGACCAAUCGCCACGGUGACGCGCGGGGCUGUGUAGCAGGCACUUUGCCGCAAGGUUUCUUACGUCGCUACGGUUGCUUACGGUAUGAGGUGUACUUGUUAAAUAAAUACCUUUGCUCCUCCUUCCUCC